UAGAAAAUGAGUUUCAAGUGCUUCACAUAGAUUGGGUUGAACUGAAGUGAAGACCAGACACCCUUAUUGCAGGAAUGUGCUCACUCCCCAUGGCAAGAUAUUACAUAAUCAGAGAUGCUGACCAGAAGAUUCUGUACAUAAGAGAUGACCAGCUUCUGGUGGGAGAUCCUGAUGCUGACAGCUGCAAUGCAGAGAAGAUCUGCAUACUUCCUAACAGAGGUCUGGACCGCACCAAGGUCCCUAUCUUCUUAGGAAUCCAGGGAGGGAGUCGCUGCCUGGGAUGUGUGGAGACAAGAGAGGGACCUUCCCUGAAGUUAGAGGAUGUGAACAUUGAAGAUCUAUACAAGGGAGGUGAACAGGCUACCCGCUUCACCUUCUUCCAGAGCAGCUUGGGAUCUGCCUUCAGGCUCGAGGCUGCUGCCUGUCCUGGCUGGUUCCUGUGUGGCCCAGAUGAGCCCCAACAGCCUAUACGGCUCUCCAAGGAGAGUGAGCCCUCAGCCCGCACUCAGUUCUACUUCGAACAGAGUCGUGCCUGAAUUCAGUGUUGAGCACAAACAGAAAGCAUAAUUA